CCGGCACCGCCCCCUGAGUCCCACGCGAGGCCGGUUCCGCCGUCGGCAGCGCUGUAGGCGGGGGGCGGCCGGGCCGCAGCGUAGCUCCGCGCUGGGCCGGCGGCUCACCGAGGGUUCGGCUUGGCCGGGCGCGGGGAGGAGGAUACACGGCAAGAGCUCUGUCAUCAUGUCAGUCAGCGUGCACGAGAACCGUAAAUCCCGGACGAGCACCGGCUCCAUGAACAUCCUGCUUUUUCACAAAGCUUCCCACCCGGACUGCGUGUUGUCGCAUCUGAACACCUUGCGGAAGCACUGCAUGUUCACCGACGUCACCCUCUGGGCAGGAAACAGGUCAUUCCCAUGUCAUCGGGCAGUGCUGGCUGCCUCCAGCAGAUACUUCGAAGCCAUGUUUAGCAAUGGGCUCCGGGAGAGCCUGGACGAUGAGGUGAACUUCCAUGACAGCCUCCACCCAGAGGUGCUGGAGCUACUGCUGGACUUCGCUUAUUCCUCUCGGAUCAUCAUCAAUGAGGAGAACGCUGAGUCCCUCCUGGAGGCUGGAGAUAUGCUGCAGUUCCAUGAUGUCCGAGAUGCAGCAGCUGAGUUCCUGGAGAAGAACCUCUACCCUUCCAACUGCCUGGGCAUGAUGCUGCUUUCAGAUGCUCACCAGUGCCGCCGGCUCUAUGAGCUCUCCUGGAGGAUGUGCCUGGUUAACUUUGAGACUGUUCACAAGAGCGAGGACUUCAACAACCUUUCCAAGGACACUCUGCUGGACCUCAUCUCCAGCGAUGAGCUGGAAAUUGAGGAUGAAGAAAAGGUCUUUAAGGCUGUCAUCCAAUGGGUAAAAUACGAUCUGGAUGAGCGGAAGGCUUAUCUCCCAGAACUUCUAAGGAACGUUCGUCUGGCCUUGCUUCCUUCUGAAUGCCUCAAGGAAGCUUUGGCUUGUGAGGACUUGAUCAUGGUGGAUGAAAGGAACAAGCUUGUCUUGGACGAAGCUAUUCAGUGCAAAAAGAAGAUCCUCCAGAACGAUGGGGUAGUCACCAGUCCCUGUGCCAGGCCUCGCAAAGCUGGGCACACCUUGCUGAUCCUGGGAGGACAGACCUUCAUGUGUGACAAGAUCUACCAAGUGGACCACAAAGCAAAGGAAAUUAUCCCCAAAGCAGACCUGCCGAGUCCACGGAAGGAGUUUAGUGCUUGUGCCAUCGGCUGCAAAGUAUACAUCACUGGAGGCAGGGGCUCGGAGAACGGGGUCUCGAAAGAUGUAUGGGUGUAUGAUACAGUUCAUGAAGAGUGGUCAAAAGCUGCCCCAAUGUUAAUAGCUCGGUUUGGACAUGGCUCAGCUGAGCUGGAAAACUGCCUGUAUGUGGUUGGUGGACACACUGCGGUAGCUGGAGUCUUCCCUGCGUCUCCUUCAGUUUCCUUGAAGCAAGUAGAGAAGUACGAUCCCAUAUCCAACAAAUGGACCAUGGUGGCUCCUUUGCGAGAUGGAGUGAGCAACGCUGCGGUGGUGAGCGCCAGGCUCAAGCUCUUUGUCUUUGGUGGGACCAGCAUUCACCGAGACAUGGUGUCCAAAGUGCAGUGCUAUGAUCCAGCUGAGAACCGGUGGAUGAUCAAAGCCGAGUGCCCACAGCCCUGGCGCUACACAGCAGCCGCUGUCCUGGGCAGCCAGAUCUUCAUCAUGGGAGGAGACACCGAGUUCACUGCAGCCUCUGCCUAUCGCUUCGACUGCGAGACGGACCAGUGGACACGCAUUGGGGACAUGACAGCCAAGCGCAUGUCGUGCCAUGCUUUGGCUUCGGGGAAUAAACUCUAUGUGGUGGGGGGUUACUUUGGCACUCAGAGGUGCAAAACGCUGGACUGCUAUGACCCUACGUCAGACACAUGGAACUGUAUCACAACAGUGCCUUACUCGCUCAUCCCCACAGCUUUUGUCAGCACCUGGAAGCACUUGCCAUCAUGAUGAGGGUCAGGGCACGGGGGCUUGUAUCCAGGAGGUCAAUAAGAUGCCACAUCCAUAUCCCCCGUCUCACUGCUGGAGCCGACACAGUGACUGAGUCCCCGCUGGUCCUCCUGCACACAACUCUGAGGAGCCUUUUGCAUUCCUUCCCAGCACCAGGAGCGGGAGGCAUCACGCCAGGGGGGCACCAAGGGCCACCCAGCCCCACCACCAGCCACGAUAUGGGGACAGCAAGGAGCCACUGGCUGCCAGGCUGGGGCUGGACACGGGCACACUCAUGGGUACCAGUGGCCUGAUGGGACUGGGGAGACAGAGGAUGUGCACCAGGCUGCAUCCCUCAGCAAGCAGCAUGGGGAGCCGUUAGGUGCGUUUUGGUACACGGUUGGGGGGGUGCAGACAUUAAUAGCUUUUAUUCAAAGGCAGUGCACUUGCCAUUGGCUGUAGUUGCUGUUUGGGUGACUGGGAAGUGUUUUUAAAGGGAAAAGAGGGUUGAAAGCACCUGGCUCCCCAUCCUUUGGCUGCUCCAUGGAGGCGAUGGCUGUUGAAACACUAAAGCGUGGGAGCUCGGGCCGGCUGCCAGCAGCGCCGGGUGCUGCAGUGAAACAGGGCAGGUGCCUUCUGCUUUGCACUUUGGGCCUUAUUAAUGUUCUUUUCUCCUCUUCCCUCCCUUCUGUCGGGGGCCGGCAGCUCCCUGCAUGCAGCUGCUGGGAAGAGCACAGAGCGUGCCAAGGCCCCGGCACCGCUGCCGAGAUAGUCACCAGAUAAACCCUGGGCUGCCUGCUUGGAGCCGGCCUGCUGAGCUCCUGUGCUCACCCAGCAGCGUGGGUGAAGGGCAAUUAGCACACGAGCAGACACAGCCUUGGGAAGGGGCAUUGUGCCUUUAGUGAGCAGAGCAGGGGAGCACCACGGGGCUGUUGGAGUGGGAAUCCUCCUUGUUCCUGCUGCACCGCACAUCCUGGCUUCAGCUCAGAGGGAUGUAAGCGUUUCUGACUGCGUGUUGCCUGCCAGCGCUUGGGCUGUAGCUGCCCCAGGUUACCCAUGAACAUUGGCUGACUCUGUUUGGGUUCAUCACUGCGAGAGCUGUCAGCCCGAGUGGUCCCUCAUUCACGCUGAUGAGGAGCGCACGUGGAUUUUGGCUGUCGAUACACGGAUGAAUCUCCCAACCAACCAGCCUGCCCCAGCAUCCCGCUUCCCUCCGCAGCAGAUCUGGUCCUGCAGAUGCUCCAGGCUUGCCUUUUGCCCCCGAAUUAGGUUGAGCUGUAGCCUGGCCAGAUGAAUGAUGCAAUGCGAUGAAAAGCCUUGACACAGCUUCAAACAACAAAGGUCUUUUUGGAGCAAGCGAGCGCUGCCAGGAAGAGCACACGUUGCGCGCAGCCAGCCUGCGAUGCUCUGAGUGACGUUUAUUUACAUUUUCCAGUCUUUGUGUUUUCUUUCUUCCUUCGGCUGCUUGUGAACUUUAAUAAAAAUGAUGAUCUGGGAAACGG